CACAGUAGGCCUCCGAAGUAGUCGCAAAGAGGACGUGAAACGCAUCUCUACAAGGUCACAGUUUUCUAACUAUGGCACCUCGUCGGCACUUGGCGCAAGUUCAGGGCCUCGUCGGGGACGAGGUUACCGGGGGUGUAACCAGGUGUUGUGUGCCUACGGGGGAGUGUCUGCGCGCCCAACAAAAUAUGAACAACAAUGACCACAUGCUCAUUUCGUUGGACGAUCUUCGUGAUACGGUGCGUGUUACUUGCAAUAACGAAUUAUGCACCUCGGGAAGGUACAUGCACCGGGAGUGUUUCGAUCAAUGGGAACAAUCCGUAUUGAACUAUCUAAAAACAUGCGGUAGAGCCCGGUCUUGGUCAGAACGUCAAAGACAUCAAAAUCUAUGGACCAAGAAGGGUUACGAUUUAGCUUAUAAAGCUUGUGGGUGUAAGUGCGGUCGUGGACAUUUGAAAAAAGACUUGGAUUGGAUGCCUCCGCCUCCCACUAGCAACAUAUUCGGGAGAAUCGAAGAAGUCGAUACCGGCAAAAAGAAAAAACGAAAGAACAAAAAUUGCCGACCGACUCUUGCCAUUUCUUCUUCAAACCAUCCCAUCGGCGCCGAGCUUAGAACGAGAACCGGUAGCUUAUCGUGCUCUAGCACCGGCUCUUCCAGCCCUCCGACAUCGGGGAGCGAACCCAGCGUCUCACCCAUACAUGCCCAUUCUAAAAAGAAAACUAAGCUUGAAGUACAAGAAAGAAUUCGUAUUGGUGGUGGAGCUAAUGGUAUCUUCACACGAAGAUUGGACUUCAGUUCAUUCAAUGCUCUUCCGAAGAACAAGUUGAACUCUUAUCAAAUUAAGACCGAAGACGAAGGUAAUCACGGCAACGACGAUACCCGCUGCUUCAUCUUGUCCACGCUAGCAUCUCAAGGUCGUUCAAAGGUUCAUUGCGUUUUGUGCGAAGAACAGCUUCUGGUUUUCGAUAGAUAUCCAUUAGUGGACGGAACAUUUUUCUUAAGUCCGCGUCAACACGCCAAAAGUUGCAUCGAGGUGAAAGUAGAGGGACGUACCCAAUUUCUCACCGUAGUCUGUAUGGGUUGUUUGGAAGGCGUAAACGGUCGCGCCAUCAUAUGCAGAUUCUGUAAUCAGAAAUGGGACGGAUCAUCCCUGGUACUCGGAACCAUGUAUUCUUACGAUAUAUUCGCCGCCAUGCCGUGUUGCACCGAGAGAAUAAAGUGCAAUUCCUGUUAUAAACCGGUACUUCAUCCGACGCAAAGACUGAAUUUCUUCAGCGAUUACAGUCACAUGGUACCAUGUCCACACUGUCGUACUUUAGACACUCAUUUCGUGAAACCUCUCGGUUUCUGUUACGCCCGUCAACUAUCGCGGUCGUUACAGAUGAUGUGGCCAUAGCACGUGGCCCCCCGAGUCGUUACCAAGGACCCACCGACGCCACCGACACCUCCAGAUCCUAAUCCCAUGGAUUUAGAUCUCGGAUUGUUGUGGCGCGAAUUGGCCGGAUUACGACUCGACGAGUUUUGCCGAUUGCAGCUCACCAGAGCUCGGUAGACCUCCACCGUUUAGUUUCCUUUGUUAUGUUGUUGCAUUUUUUACAGUUUGAGGUUAGGUUCAAGGUGUUGUAGUAUAAUUUUUUUCGAAUUUUUGUGAUUAAUUAUGUGUCUAAUUUACAUAUAUAUAGAUGCCGAUUAUCGAUAUUAAUCAGUUCUUAAUAAUCAAAACUGUUCAAAAAUCCCCAUUAAGUUGAUGUUUUUUCAUAUUGAAAUACAGUUAAUUUUUUCUUUGUAAUUUGAUGUAAAGACCUAUUUUUAAAAAUUUGUAUUUAAAACCAUCAAUGUUGAACGUGUUUCUUCCUUGAUAUAAUUUAAAAAAAAUAGUCACAUGGGCUUAGACCAGUAAAUUUCCGUAGCAUCUUUCUUAACAUAAAUAUCCACGUUGUGUUCUUGAUCCACGUAUCUUAAAAAAAUUUAAAAAAAAGGGCGUAAACAAAGAUGAAUUUUUCGUAAUUAUCCUUUGUACGUUUCCAUUAAAGAAUUCUUCUUUUUCUCACCUGAUCCACAGGUAAUAUUCUAACCCAAGUGUUACAUAAUGUUUUUUAUCUUUAAAAAAUUUACACAUUCACUGUUCCACGUAUUUAAUUUAUUACUAUAAUGUGGUAAUAAUACAUGUGCCCCGUAUGGCUGCUACCUGAUUACUGAAGUGUGGGAGAUUGUACAGGAUCUCGGAUCCCUAACGAGACAUGCCGAAACCUUACGACUCGGACUCGAAAAGCUAACACGGAAGCGAGAACGGCCGAAACAACCCGAGACAUAUCGAAGCGAGGCUACACUUACAGUCUUGCGUUCGGAAUUUCUCGCAGAGAGUGUUUAGUAGAAAAAUCUGGUGUUUAAUAACAUAUAUUUUAGAAUCUGUUGGGUUUAGAAUCAUAAAAUACAUGACAUGUUCAGGUAUUUCAGGUUUUAUUAAUUAUUAAAUUAGUCGUACUUUCUUAUUGAGAUAACCUAACUUUAAAUGAAGUAAACCUAACCUAAUAAAUAAAUGGAAACGUUUCACAAGAUGUUUAACGAGAUAGAUCCAAGCUAGAAAGUAAAUAAUAAUUAUAGUUAGUUAUUGAGUAUCUGCUUUAUUCUCAUAUUAAAGUAAUUUAAAAUCAAGAAAAUCUAAUAUUUUCAUCAUUUUUGGUGUGAUGAUCACUUCAAUUAUAGUUUGAGAAAAAUACAAAUUUAUAAAAAUCAGUCGACCAUUGAUAAUGACAGUUUAGAAUUGUUAAAUAAAAGUUUAAUUUCGCCGUUUGAAAAAUUUUAAUUCAAAAGAAUAUAUAUUAUUUUGCACGAAAUCACGUUUUAAUUUUAAAUUUUAGCAUCUUGGACUUGACCUUGAACGUUUUUUUUAUCGCAUUUAUUUUUAGGGUGAAAGGUCCUCCGUACCUAACCCUUAGAUAUCUGUACUAUAUAGAAACGUUUUGUUAUUAGUUUAAUGUAUAUGUUUGUUAGUUUCUAGUGAAUUUCUAUUUCAAACUUUAGUCUUUUAAAAAAAGAAAUUGAAGAUUGUGAUGAUAAACGUUAUAAUUUUUAAGUUUAAUUCAAAUGAUCGACACAGAAUUUUGUCUACGCGACGAAAAAAUUGAAAAAAAAGCAAUCGAUAAAAGGUAAUUGAACCUUUCGUCUUUGUAGAUGUCUAAUGUUAGAAUUUGCACUUUUUGUGUUGUUUUUUUUACGAAACCUACUUUAUAAUAAUUAAUGUAAGUAAACAAGUAUAACAUAAAAAUUGCUGUGUCCCAAUAAUUAGUGAUAGGUGUGAUUGGCGCCCGCGAGAGGGCGUGAGCGAUAGGAGUAUGAAAGUUUCCUGUUAAUCGUUGUCAUUGUAAUGAAUCCGAAGGCAUGAGAACACGUGAUCUAGAUCACAUGUCUCACCGUUUAAGGGACGGUCGGUCUCCUUGCAGAGAAUAGCAUACUGCCACAAUCAUCCCGCAGCAACGGCGUAGCUAACAGAGUCGAAUACAUCGUGACUACGCCGUUGUAUACGUAGCCUUUCAAGAAACGGACGUACAAAGCACUACUCAGCCGCUCAGUUAUCCGCUAUUACCUCAAAAGUUGAAAAUAUAUAUCAAGUUGCUGGAAUUACUAGUAUCUUGAUGUUACUGAAGGUAGCGCUGGAGCAUUCAGUUUUUUUUUAGAAACAGCGUUAUCCGCAGAAAAUAAUUAUUCCAAACUUAAUUAAUAUAUAAUAAUUUUGUUUUUUAUUUUGGAAAUUUUAAUGUAUAUGUUACGGGUGGAGUUAGAUUAAUUGUUUACAAUAAUAAAUUGUGCAAUAACUACGACACAUACUAUGCUAUUUGGACACCAUAAAGCGACAAUAUUCGUAUGGAUCGAUAUGUUCAUAAUUUUAACAAUAGAUGACGCUAUUAAGGUCCAUAGUCUUGUAAUUCCUCUCCACUUUUUGCGUUCUAUUGUUUUUUCUUUCUAUAAGGUCUUCUUAAACCGCUUUCCUCCACCGUUUUUUUGGUCUAACUCUUCUCCUCUUAUCCUCUGGUAUUUUCCAUGCAACCCCUUUCAAGUUUUCGUCCAUUCUUUCUGUGACUUAACCAAUUUCUUGGUUUGAUCUUUCCUCCCAUCCCAAUUCUGUCUGCUUUCCUCCAAAAAUUCUUCUUAAUAUUUUUGUUUCCCAGAUAUCCGAUUUCUGAUUAGUUUUAUUCGGCAUUAUCCAAGUUUCACAGGCGUAUGUCAAAAACAAAUUAUUUAUUAUCAAAAAAUUGUUACAAUUUGUAGAAAAAAACAAGGAAAUACAUACUUCGAAACCGUGGUUCUCGGGCAGUUCCCUUAGCACAGAUCAAAAGUGUGACAAAAUUUCUUUCUGCAACCCUACUGACUCUUUGGUGGACCAAAUAUAUCACAUCUUUAGGAUCCUCUCUCUAAUCGAGUGCCUGUUUCGUUGGUCUUUAUCAUUUUCAUUGCUUCGUCUUCUUUUUUCUAAUACUUCACUAGCAAUCAGUUCAUUAUCAUCAUUUUCAAUAACGAAAUUAAGAAGCUUCCUAAACUGUCAUCAUCAUUUUCUUAUGAUGUAAAUUGUACUUUCCAAGUAAGAUAAUAGCAGAUUAAUAGAGGCAAUAGAGCAGGGACAUAACAUAGGUACCAACUGAUUUUAGAUAGAAACGAAAUAUCUCUAAAAUCUGUUUUUAUUAAAGAAAGUCUUUGGGGAAGAUGGUUGGGGUCUGUUGAAAAUUUUCCUCCAUUGUUAGACAGGACGUGGUGACCACCUCACAGUACUGAAUUCAAUCUACUUGAUUUUUAUUGCGGGAUUACGAGAAUUAGAUUUUAUCUUCUUUGGAAAUAACAUUCAGUCUUCAUUGCAUAUUUCCGACGAUAUUUCUUUAAUUACUGACCAUGUUUUCUUCCAGGAUAUUGUGGAUUAUCCAUUUCUGAAUCGUUAACCAUCAGAAUCAAUAUCUUGUUGUUAUAUUUCAAUAUUAUUUGUUUUUUUAUAUCAGUAACUAGAUAAAUUUCAAACCUUAUUGUGAAACAACCAUUUUUGGGUCACUAUUCAUAGAUUGGUAGUUUUAUUAAGGCUGUUACCCACACCAAGGACUACUGUUAUAACUUCUAGCCCCAGCUUAACGAUAUAAGAAGCACUUCAAAUUUCAACAUCUUACAUUGUAGUUCAUGGAAACUUAUUGUGGUUUAACCAUUUCUUGGUGGUUAUCCAUAAAUUACAGGUCUUCUUUAGAUAAUUUUCUAAAGUUUUUGAGUAAAUUUGUCGAAGCUAUUUCAUGAUAUCAUGAUAAAGUUUUACUAUCAUCCAUUUGGAUACGAUUACUGGUCAAUCAGAUCCUCUUGAUAGAUCUGAAGAAACCAUCAAUGCUUUAUUUGCCUAUUUAAAUUUCUUCUGGCCAUCUCCAUAGAUGAAAUUAUCAUUUUCAUCAAAAAUUUUAUGCUUUUUCAUUCUUUACGUAAAUUUACCACUAUAUCCAGUAGCCAAAAAGGCAAUACACCUCUUGGAGAAGUGCUUGUUCCACGCUAAACUCAGUCUUUGAAGACGAUGUAUUCUUCCGGUCAUUUCCAUAGAUAAAAUUAUCAUUUUCAUUAAAAAAUUUAUGCUUUUUCAUUCUUUACGUAAAUUUACCACUAUAUCCAGUAGCCAAAAAGGCAAUAAACCUCUUGGAGAAGUGCUUGUUCCACUCUAAACUCAGUCUUUGAAGACGAUGUAUUCUUCUGGUCAUUUCCAUAGAUGAAAUUAUCAUUCUCAUUAAAAAUUUUAUGCUUUUUUAUUCUUUACGUAAAUUUACCACUAUAUCCAGUAGCCAAAAAGGCAAUACACCUCUUGGAGAAGUGUUUGUUCCACGCUAAACUCAGUCUUUGAAGACGAUGUAUUCUUCCGGUCAUUUCCAUAGAUGAAAUUAUCAUUUUCAUUAAAAAUUUUAUGCUUUUUCAUUCUUUACGUAAAUUUACCACUAUAUCCAGUAGCCAAAAAGGCAAUACACCUCUUGGAGAAGUGCUUGUUCCACGCUAAACUCAGUCUUUGAAGACGAUCUAUUCUUCUGGUCAUUUCCAUAGAUGAAAUUAUCAUUUUCAUUAAAAAAUUUAUGCUUUUUCAUUCUUUACGUAAAUUUACCACUAUAUCCAGUAGCCAAAAAGGCAAUAAACCUCUUGGAGAAGUGCUUGUUCCACUCUAAACUCAGUCUUUGAAGACGAUCUAUUCUUCUGGUCAUUUCCAUAGAUGAAAUUAUCAUUUUCAUUAAAAAUUUUAUGCUUUUUCAUUCUUUACGUAAAUUUACCACUAUAUCCAGUAGCCAAAAAGGCAAUACACCUCUUGGAGAAGUGCUUGUUCCACGCUAAACUCAGUCUUUGAAGACGAUCUAUUCUUCUGGUCAUUUCCAUAGAUGAAAUUAUCAUUUUCAUUAAAAAUUUUAUGCUUUUUCAUUCUUUACGUAAAUUUACCACUAUAUCCAGUAGCCAAAAAGGCAAUAAACCUCUUGGAGAAGUGCUUGUUCCACGCUAAACUCAGUCUUUGAAGACGAUCUAUUCUUCUGGCCAUCUCCAUAGAUGAAAUUAUCAUUUUCAUCAAAAAUUUUAUGCUUUUUCAUUCUUUACGUAAAUUUACCACUAUAUCCAGUAGCCAAAAAGGCAAUACACCUCUUGGAGAAGUGCUUGUUCCACGCUAAACUCAGUCUUUGAAGACGAUGUAUUCUUCCGGUCAUUUCCAUAGAUGAAAUUAUCAUUUUCAUUAAAAAAUUUAUGCUUUUUCAUUUUUUACGUAAAUUUGCCACUAUAUCCAGUAGCCAAAAAGGCAAUACACCUCUUGGAGAAGUGCUUGUUCCACGCUAAACUCAGUCUUUGAAGACGAUGUAUUCUUCUGGUCAUUUCCAUAGAUAAAAUUAUCAUUUUCAUUAAAAAUUUUAUGCUUUUUCAUUCUUUACGUAAAUUUACCACUAUAUCCAGUAGCCAAAAAGGCAAUACACCUCUUGGAGAAGUGCUUGUUCCACGCUAAACUCAGUCUUUGAAGACGAUGUAUUCUUCCGGUCAUUUCCAUAGAUGAAAUUAUCAUUUUCAUUAAAAAAUUUAUGCUUUUUCAUUUUUUACGUAAAUUUGCCACUAUAUCCAGUAGCCAAAAAGGCAAUACACCUCUUGGAGAAGUGCUUGUUCCACGCUAAACUCAGUCUUUGAAGACGAUGUAUUCUUCUGGUCAUUUCCAUAGAUGAAAUUAUCAUUUUCAUUAAAAAUUUUAUGCUUUUUCAUUCUUUACGUAAAUUUACCACUAUAUCCAGUAGCCAAAAAGGCAAUACACCUCUUGGAGAAGUGCUUGUUCCACGCUAAACUCAGUCUUUGAAGACGAUGUAUUCUUCCGGUCAUUUCCAUAGAUGAAAUUAUCAUUUUCAUUAAAAAAUUUAUGCUUUUUCAUUUUUUACGUAAAUUUACCACUAUAUCCAGUAGCCAAAAAGGCAAUACACCUCUUGGAGAAGUGUUUGUUCCACGCUAAACUCAGUCUUUGAAGACGAUGUAUUCUUCCGGUCAUUUCCAUAGAUGAAAUUAUCAUUUUCAUUAAAAAAUUUAUGCUUUUUCAUUUUUUACGUAAAUUUGCCACUAUAUCCAGUAGCCAAAAAGGCAAUACACCUCUUGGAGAAGUGCUUGUUCCACGCUAAACUCAGUCUUUGAAGACGAUGUAUUCUUCCGGUCAUUUCCAUAGAUGAAAUUAUCAUUUUCAUUAAAAAAUUUAUGCUUUUUCAUUUUUUACGUAAAUUUACCACUAUAUCCAGUAGCCAAAAAGGCAAUACACCUCUUGGAGAAGUGCUUGUUCCACGCUAAACUCAGUCUUUGAAGACGAUGUAUUCUUCUGGUCAUUUCCAUAGAUGAAAUUAUCAUUUUCAUUAAAAAUUUUAUGCUUUUUCAUUCUUUACGUAAAUUCACCACUAUAUCCAGUAGCCAAAAAGGCAAUACACCUCUUGGAGAAGUGUUUGUUCCACAAUAAACUCAGUCUUCGAAGACAAUGUAUUACAUCACAAGUCUUCUAGAUAUUGCACUGUUUAUCCGAGUAAAUUCAAGUUUAACUAUUAAUUUAACAUAUAUAGUACAAAAAUCAAUGUGAUAUUUGUUUGAUGUUAAAAAAAUUAAUUUAUGAUCCCCGUAUAAAUACUUUAUAAUACGAGGUCGGAUCAAUAAUUCUAAUAUACCUAGUGCAAUUUAUUAUUUGUUUACCUUAUAAUUAUUAUAUAAUUUUUAACGUUUGGAAUAAUGUUGAAUCAAAUAUAUUUACACCUGGAUAAGGUGCUACAGUUGUUUCACAAAGAAGAAUGUUGUUUUUCUGACAUGGUGAAUGUGGCGGAACUAGGAAAUUGCUUCAAGUACAAACCGUUCGUUACUUCUGCAAAUUUUAUAUAAUAAAAUAUUAACAUAUUUAAUCUAUUGUUGAAGGUAAAGUAAUUCCUAUCUCCGAUUGUAGCCAAAGCUUUAAGUUUGUGUUUUUUUUAUCGAUUACCUUGGAAAAUUUCGAAAUAAAAACUAUUUUUAAUAGUUUAAAAUCGUUUUUAUUUCGAUGAUUCCUCGGUUUUGACUAAACUAAUUCGACCGACUUGAAUAUUGCGAGUGUGAGCCUAGCUUUUGUAAUGUAUAGCCUAUCCUUAUCCUUUAUCCUUAGUCCUUAAGUAGUAGUCAGUAGAGUACUAUUUUUUUACUUAGUAAUAAUAAUUAAUAACGAAACUUUGUAUAACCGAGGUAAUCCAGCUACUUUCUACUAUAGACUUUUAUAAAUUCUUCAAAAUAAACCUGCGGUCUAAGAAAAAUAUAUCAUCCCUUUCGAUGGGGUGGUUAGUACUGAUCACUAUCCAUCUAGUGAUGAUUUAAAGCAAGACGAAAUCCAAAACCAAGAUAUUCGUAUUGUCUUCAAAGUGCAGUCUUGACUUGCAAGUCUUGCAAGUCCAUUUUCUUCUUAGAUUUUUAUUGGAAGGAAUUGAAAGGUUCAAUAUGGCAUUUAGUUUUUGGUAAAAACUUCUUAAUUGUCUGGUUUUGAUUAAAAUAGACAAACACAAGUUCUACUACAUGAAUUUUAUGAAACAUCACUGAUAACAUCAUCUUCGUUAACGUCAACAGUUUCAGUGACUUGUAAUUUUUGGUAAAAUGUUUUUAUGUAAACAUUAAUGGAAUUCAAAUAUUGAUAUAAUUUAAGGCCGCUUGAUAUGCAAGAACUCGAACUUGCAACAUUAUCAGAUUGGUGCCGUUUUUAUUGGGUGCUAGCUGUAAUUCUAAGGAGAAAUCUAGUUACUUUUGGCUCAGCAACCAAUCUGUCAAUCAAUUUUUGUUAGUGACAAUGACAAAAGUACCGCAUAAUAUGAAGCAAGUUUCCCUAUGACCCAAACUUGGUCUUGGGCUCUUUAAAAAACAUGGUUUAGAACUUUCUUCGCCGUCUUCCCUUUUGAUAGGACUUCUUUAGGUGUUCUGUUCUCUAAUAUCCUUUGUGCAUGACCAGAAUAGUUGUUCUCUCCCACUAUCUUUCUUAUUCUGUCAUUUCUUAUCCAGCUGCUCUUUUCCAGUACUCAAUUUCGGUCCAUUCCGCAGAUUUCUCUCUUCGAUCGCUGUGACUAAUGUUGUUAUUUCAAUUCCUAAGUAUUUGUAUUCUAUUUCUGCUCCAUCCUCCAUUUCCUGUACUCCUCUAGAGUUUUCGAGUCAUGCAGCUUCAUAACUUCAUUUGUUAUGCACAGUCGACUUUUAAAAACACGUCGCUAGUUCUGGUUAAAGUAUUUCGAACAUUUGAAAAUCAAUGAAUCUUCAAGUUCUGAUAACUUUGUAUAUUUUCAGGUAUAAUGCUUGUUGAGUCUGUUCCCGUUCUAUCUCAUCCUGUACCUUUUAUUUUACUUCUUGUCAUCUUAUUCGCCAUUUUCCCCCUGAAAUCUUUAUUUUUUUUGUCCAACUUCUCGGUUUUCCUUUCUUGUAUUCUUCUAUCAAUCCCAUCCUAGUUCCACGAUUUUGUUAUGGCCUGGUUUCUUAUCUUUAAAUUAUUUCUUAUUUUAUGUUAUCUUUAUCAAUUCUUUGUAUUCUGAUGAUGAAAAUCGAACUUAAAAAUCGUCAAGCAUCUUGUAAUACUAGGUCUUAGGGAUUAUUCUUGCACUGAUUGGUCUAACGGACCUAAAUCUAAUCUUGGUCUUGGUUUUUCUCCCUAAAUGCACAGCCUAUUCGAUUAGUUGGAUGUUGAGGUGGGUUUGAGAUAUUCUGGUAGUUUCUUAAAUGAUAUCUUUCAUCUUCUUUUGGUUCAACUCUCGAUAGAUCUGCGAAUGCACCAAGAAGUUUCUGUGGACGAUUUGGAAUUCGUGGAAAUUCAUAAUUCCUCUCCAUUACUAAACUUACAUUAUCCAAUGUUCAAUAUUGAGUUAAUAACAGAAGUUUUGAACCGAUGACAAGUCACGUUUUGAUGAUUUCAGGAAGGUUUUGUUCAAAUUUUCUAUGGUUUAUGGUUUACAAUAUAAGCACAACAUCGCGUUAUUUCGCGUAUAGUAUAAACAGCACUAAAAAAAAUUGAACGUUUUACGGUGUAAAGAAUUUAUAAAAAAAUUUAAAUGAUACGAAUUGUCUUGGUUAUAAGAAGAUUUGGGAUUAAUUUGGACACUCUACUUUUUGCAUGCACCCAAACCGCUUUGCUCUAAACUGACUCUAGAAAUGUAGAAAGAAAAAAUCAUGCUUCUUGUCGAGGCCUAAUCUCACGGUCUAAGAUAUUUUGUAAAGAUUUUUGUGAGAAAAUAAAUCGUUCAUGUCUUUUUUUUUUGUUAAAAUGAAAAUGUAUAUAAAUUUCGAAUUCGAUAUAAAAGAAGAAAAAAAAUACGUUGAAUACUCCUUAGAUCAACUUACGUUUUUUUUUGUAAUUUAAAAAAUUCCAAUAAGAAAAUUUUCCAAUCGGUAAUCGAGCGGAUUUUUUUUCAAAAGACGUAAAGUUGAUCUGAAUUUUUUUUAAAAAAUUGGUAUUAACAAUAAUGUAUGUCGAUUUAACAUAAGUCUAGUGAGUAGUCGUUUUUUACAGAAAUUAAAUUUUUAAAUACGAAUUUCUAGAUGUAAUCAAUUUUUGUUUUUUUUUUCGAAAAGAGGCGCGGCACCCCAGCUGGUGCGAGGACCAAAUCCGGUGGCUGCCCAGAGCUCGACUCAUUCGUCUACGAUUUUUCAAAACUGAUUCCAAUUUUUAGCCGGUCCAGCGUCCUCAAAACGGACUUUGCUAAUAUAUGAAACAACCUAAAAAUUUUAUAUGAUUUCAACGGUGUUCACGUCGUUUCAUAUAUUCCCAUUAAGGCACAACUCGAAACGUUUCUUUCCAAAUAUCCAAUUAUUCAACAAAAAACAUUUCUGGACAUUGAGGAAAAGUAAACAAAAAUUUUUAUAAUAAUCCCAUGAUUAUAAAACGGCUUUAACGGACACAAUCAUUUUGUAAGUGCAAUUUGGACCUUACAUAGUAAAUUCUAUUUAUAAAUUCAAAUUUCGAUGGCAAAUUGUAUUAAUACAAUCAGAACUUACUACUCGAUAUUAGUCGUGUUUAAAAUGCAGUGUUGUCAGCUCUACCUCAUAGUUUCUUGGUAUUUCAAACUAUACGUAAUAUUUAAUAGAAAACCUGUAUGUUUUGCAAAUUUCCUGUUCUUAUUAUUUUUCAAUAUAAAAAUUUGCAAUUUUAUAUUAAAAAAAUACAGGUUGUCCCUAAGAAAAGACGCCAAAAUAUAACAAUUGAAGGUAAUUUAUGUAGAACCAGAAAUUUCGAAAAAAUACGGAACCCUAUAAUAUAAAAACAUCAAAUUAUCAAAUUUAAUACACUUUUUAAGGGCAUUAAGUCAUAGGAAGUAGAAGGCUAUCAAACCCUGUGGGGUUAAUUGGCGAUGACCUAACCUUGAAAUUUUACACCGAGCCAAACAUGACGCGCAAGGCCGAAAAUUUUGUUUUAAACUGUUUGAGGGACACCCGGUAUAAGCAUUUUUUAGUUCCUUGCAAAAUUGCAGACAUUCAGAGUAUCUAUCGUAUUUUUUUUUGCUGCGAUACUAGGGAAUCCAGCUGAUCUGAUCAAGAUAAUGUGGAUAGACUUUUCGUCCUCUGUGCAACAAAAUCUUCAGGUGUUUGUUUUUAGUAACAUAUCUUAUCAUGUGUCAAUAAUUGAUUUUGCUCUUCUCUACCUUCUUUUCCAAUGGUUCAGGUCCCAUGAAGGGCUUGUCUGCCCCCGCUUUAGCUCAAUAGAGGUAACUCAAAGUUUUAAUUAGCGUCAUCUUCGCAUGACGAUGUCUCAAUCAAAAAUAAAAACUCAAAGCUGUAGAAAAUCAGCAACACUACUCCAAUAUUCAUUAAUAUUUCUUGGUCCUUCGAGCCGGAUCUUUAUAAAAGUCUCUGAAUUUGAUCGCGAUCGCGGUUGAUACAAGUUAUGUCGAGUUGAAGAGAUGGUUUAGUUUACAUUACAUAUAUAUAAACUUCGAGUUGUUGCCAUUUAAAAUUUGAUAAGGCUGUCGAUGCACAAUACAGGAGGCGCAAUCAGGGUAUAAGGGUCGUAUCGUAGAGCACUACUAUAUGUAAUUUUAGAUUAGCUUGGCUGCAAGUAGAUAAUGAUAAAAUGUAUCUUGUGUGUGUCUUGCUUUUGUCGCUAGCUAUUUUUAUAUUAAAGCCACCAACCAUGAGGGAUACUUGAAGCCAUCAAAGACAUUUGGAUUUUUCAAAAUUUCGUCGGAAUAAAGUAACAAUUUUUAGUAUAAUUAUGCCAUAGUUCAGGAGUCAUGUACUUUUGACUGGACAAAAUUAGAAAGUUGAUGAAAUUUUGGGGGAUUGUUUGGGGAUGUAUAGGGAAGCUAAAUCCAAGUUUUCGAAUAAAUCUAACCUGUGCUCGUGUAGGGGUGGCCGAAAAACCACGAUUUUUUCGAACUUGUUUCAGUUUUUGGCUUAUAACUCCCAAACUAUGCAUCCUAUCGUAAAAGAUACUAUAUACCUUUUUAAAGUAGAUGAAGAUCGCUAUCGUUUAAGAUCAAUCGCAGCUUUGUAGGUCUAAUAGGUCUCGAGAUACAGCUCUUCAAAAUUUGCCAAUUUUUUUCAAAAAUUUGAAAAUUUAUGUUUUGGUUGUCUUUUGCACGAAAUAUUGGCUAAACUAUUGAUCCCACGAUGAAGUUGUAGAGCAGUUAUUUAGCUUCAAUUUAAGCACAACCUCAACGCUGUAGAACGAAUAGUUUGCAAGUUAUAAGGAAAAAUUGAAACAUCAACAAAAUCCGAUUUCUCAAGAAAUGGAGCUAAUUGAAAUGCCAUUAUCUUCGGAAUUAUACGGCCAAAAAUGUAAUAUAAAUAGUAAAAUUUGAAGGAAAUUUAAUGCUUAUUCCGAAAAUAGAAUAAAAGAAACCCUUACACGUCGCAUAGUUUUUAAGAUAUAGACCAAAAACCGAAAUACGUCAGAAAAAAUCGCGGUAUUUUGGCUACCCCUAUCGAGCACUGGCUUUUUUGUCAAAGAAACUCGGAUUAAGAUUUCCUUGUUAUCCUCGAAUAAUAUCCCAACAUUUCUAAUCAAUAACUUCGCAAUUUUGUACAGGAUAACUGCUAUACUGUUAAGAGCUCCAUUUCUUGAGAAAUUGUUCGUUCUACAGCGUUGCGGUUGGGCUUAAACUGAAGCUAAAUAACUGCUCUACAACUUCAUUUGUCAUGACUUCCUCGUGGGAUCAAUAAUUUAGCCAAUAUUUCGUGCAAAAGACGGCCAAAACAUAAAUUUUCCAAUUUUUGAAAAAAAUUGGCAAAUUUUGAAGAGCUGUGUCUUGAGACCUAUUAGACCUACAAAACUGCGGUUAGUCUUAAACGAUAGCGAUUCUCAUCUACUCUAAAAAGGUAUAUAGUAUAUUUUUCGGUAGGAUGCAUAGUUUGGGAGUUAUAAGCCAAAAACUGAAACAAGUUCGAAAAAAUCGUGGUUUUUCGGCCACCCCUACACAAUUACAAGCUAGAUUUAUCCGAAAACUUGGAUUUAGCUUCCCUAUACAUCCCCAAACAAUCACUCAAAGUUUUAUUAACUUUCUAAUUUUGUCCAGGAGACAAAAACGUUUGUUCUAUUAAAAUUUCAAGAAGUUUAAAUUAUUUUUGGAAUAUUUCGAGAUUUUUUUGAGUAUUGGUGGCUUUAAGGACCUCCGAUAAAUAUAUAAUAUUGAUCAAAAUUGUAAAUUUAAUCCUAAUUGGCAUAUUAUAUUGCAAAUAAAAAAAAAUGGUUAUGAAUUUUGUGAUAUAUAUUUUUAUACAUACUAAAUUUAGAUGUAGUUGUUCUAGGGACCGCCCAAAUUACUUAAAAAAUAUUUUUUCAAAUUGGCUCAAAAAAAUUACCGUUUUUAGUGUGAUCACGAUUUCGUAUUGUUAGGAAUACAAUUGGUGAUAAAUUUUUUAUAUACAUAUAUAUAAAAAAAAAUCAUUCGAAAAUGGAUUGUAAAAUAUUUUAUACGAAAAAUGUAUAACGAUAUUGAAUAAAUCGUAAAGAUAGAAGUUAAGGCAGUAGUUAUAAGCGUGUUCGUGGGUAUUGUCUUUUAAACUCAUGGUUGGUUGGCUACCCUUGCUUUUCCGUUUUUAUGGUCAAGGCAUUCAGAAAGAUCUGUUUAAACCUUAUUUUGUCGUGUUAUUUAAAAAAAAUAAUGAAAUUUAUAACUUUAAGCAAUACCAAAACAAGUUGGAAACAUUUGGUUAUGUUUUUAAAAUAGAUGUAACAAAAUUUCGCCCUGUAUAUAGAUUUAUUGUUAUAAUUAGUGUUAUUUUAUGAAUCUUCAGUUUUUUUCCAGGUCUUCGAGUUAUACCAAAAAUAACUAUUUAGCUAAUAAUCUCAGGUUUUUAAUUUUUUCUGUAUCAUGAUAAAUAAAUAAUUCCAAAAACAAAAUAUUUUUUUGUGCUGUUGAAAUCUGUAUCAAAAAAAAUUUUUAAAUAAAUUUGUAGAAUGUGUAAAAUUGCUCUUUGUUAUACUCAUACAGAUUCGCGCCAAUAAAUUCACAGUAUUAUACAGUUUGCCAAAAAAUAAAUGAAAUGAAAAAUUAUUAUAUCCCCUGUAUAAUAGAAAUUUGUAUUAACAUUUCAUUAAUUCACACAUUAAAAUAAGGAAAAAAUCAUGUAAACGAUUACACCAACUAUACCGUAUGUCUCAAAUAUGGAUUCGAAAGCUUACACCAAAUAAAAACCAUUACACCAUUAUACAUCCUGUAUAAUGUGCCAUUUUAAAUGAUUUUUAUUUAUAAAUGAUGAUAAAGUACUAAAAUAAUAAGAUCAAAUAUACAGUAUGUCCCAAAAUAAGUAAUGAAUAAAAAUAAUUGAUAGUAAAAUUUUGUAUACACCCCCUGUAUAAGAAAAACGGUUCAAAUUAUAUUUUUUUUCAUAAAUGAAAAUGAAGUAUUCAUUGAUGAUUUGAUCAGAUCAGAUUGUCUCAAAAUGUCGUGAAUAAAAAUAGGAGUAUAGAACAAUUCUCAUGAUUUUUUUUUAUUAAAUUUGAGUAUCCGUUCAAAUGACUAGACCAAAUAUACAGUAUGUUUCAAAUAAGUACAAUGAAUAAAAGGAAUUUAAAACAGUAAAUAAGAAUCAUGUGCCAUAUUGUAUAUUUUUUUGUAAAUGAAAAUUGAGUAUUCUUAAAAAAAUUAGAUCAAAUAUACAGUACGACCCAAAAAUAAGUGUUAUGAAAAAUAUAAUCGAGAAUAAAAUUUGGUACACCCCCUAUAUAAGAACAGUACGCCAAUGUGUAUGAUUUGUUUGUAAACGAAAGUUAAAUAUCGAUGGAAAAUUUUAUCUAAUAUACAAUAUGUCCCAAAUAAAUGUAAUGAAUAAAAAGAAUUUAUAAUAACAAUAGAUCCAACCCCUGUAUAGACCAAAUAUACAGUAUGUCUCAUGAUAGGGGUAUCAAUAAAAAUGAUUUAGAAUGAAAAUUUGUUUACUCCUGUAUAGAAACAAUGUGCCAAUUUGGAUUGAUUUUUUGUUGUAAAUAAGAAUUAAGUAUCUAUUCAAACUAGUAGACCACAUAUACAGUAUGUCUCCAAAUAUGGGUAUCAAUAAAAAGCAUUUAGAAUAAAAAUUCGUUUAACCCCUGUAUAACAAAAAUGUGCCGCAUUGUUUAAUUUUUUUGCAAAUGAAAAUUGAGUAUCCUUUCGAACGAUAAGAUCUUCAACUAUACAGUUUGUCCCAAAUAAGUGUAAAUAAUAAAAAGAGUUGAGAAUAUACUUUGGUACACACCAUUGUAUAAGAAUAAUAUGCCGAUUUUAAGAUAUUUUUUUGUAAAUUAAAAUCAAAAAUCCAUUAAAAAGAUUACAUAAAACAUACAGGAUGUCUCAAAUAUACAGUAUGUCUUAAAAUAAGUACAAUAAAUAAAAAGAAUUUAGAAUAAAAUUUGGUAUCAAAAGGAUUUGUUAAUUUGCACGAUUUUUUUGGUAAGAUGAAGUAUCCAUUCAAAUGAUGGCACUAAGUAUACAGAAUGUCUUUAAUAUACAGUAUGUCUCGAAAUAAUGAUAAUGAAUAAAAAGAAUUAAGAAUGAAAUUUGGUAUCAAAAGGAUUUGUUAAUUUGCAUGAUUUUUUGUUUGUAAAAUGAAGUAUCCAUUCAAAUGAUGGCAUCAAGUAUACAGAAUGUCUUAAAUAUACAGUAUGUCUCGAAAUAGGGACAAUAAAUAAAAAUAAUUAAGAAUAAAAUUUGGUAACAAAAGGAUUUGUUAAUUUCCAUGAUUUUUUGUUUGUAAAAUGAAGUAUCCAUUCAAAUGAUGGCAUCAAGUAUACAGAAUGUGUUAAAUAUACAGUAUGUCUCGAAAUAAUGACAAUGAGAAAAAGAAUUAAGAAUGAAAUUUGGUAUCAAAAGGAUUUGUUAAUUUACAUGAUUUUUUUCGUAAAAUGAAGUAUCCAUUCAAAUGAUGGCACUAAGUAUACAGAAUGUGUUAAAUAUACAGUAUGUCUCGAAAUAAUGACAAUGAGAAAAAGAAUUAAGAAUGAAAUUUGGUAUCAAAAGGAUUUGUUAAUUUGCAUGAUUUUUUUCGUAAAAUGAAGUAUCCAUUCAAAUGAUGGCAUCAAGUAUACAGAAUGUCUUAAAUAUACAGUAUGUCUCGAAAUAGGGACAAUAAAUAAAAAAAAUUAAGAAUAAAAUUUGGUAACAAAAGGAUUUGUUAAUUUCCAUGAUUUUUUGUUUGUAAAAUGAAGUAUCCAUUCAAAUGAUGGCAUCAAGUAUACAGAAUGUCUUAAAUAUACAGUAUGUCUCGAAAUAAUGACAAUGAGUAAAAAGAAUUAAGAAUAAAAUUUGGUAUCAAAAGGAUUUGUUAAUUUGCACGAUUUUUUUGGUAAGAUGAAGUAUCCAUUCAAAUGAUGGCACUAAGUAUACAGAAUGUCUUUAAUAUACAGUAUGUCUCGAAAUAAUGAUAAUGAAUAAAAAGAAUUAAGAAUAAAAUUUGGUAACAAAAAGAUUUGUUAAUUUGCAUGAUUUUUUUCGUAAGAUGAAGUAUCCAUUCAAAUGAUGGCACUAAGUAUACAGAAUGUCUUUAAUAUACAGUAUGUCUCGAAAUAUUGAUAAUGAAUAAAAAGAAUUAAGAAUAAAAUUUGGUAACAAAAAGAUUUGUUAAUUUGCAUGAUUUUUUUCGUAAGAUUAAGAAUCCAUUCAAAUGAUGGCACCAAAUAUACAGUAUAUGUCCCUAUAAUCAACAUAUAAUAUAAGUGAAUAUUGGUACAUCAUUUCACGUAGAUACAUUGUUUUUAGUAUACUAUGGUAUACCAAAGAGCUUUUUGAAUGUGUACAAUAGAAAGUUUCAUAGUUUGAUUUAGUAGAAAAAAAAUGUGUUGAUCGUUAAUAUGUUAAAUUUCCAUACUUAGAAAUUUCUGAGUACCAUUGACCGACUAAUUUCCUAUCAGAGUACAAAUUUUCGUAAUAAUUAACACCUAUAAUUAUAAUUAAUUAAUUAAUUAAUUAACAAAUUAACCAUGUUUUUCGGUGUUAUUGUAGUUUUGUGAAAAGAGGCCGCUAUUAUAGUGGCGCAGUUGUAGAUUAGCCGCUGUUUUUUUUUUCAUUAAAAAAAAAACAUUAUAAUUAUCACCCCGAAUAGUAUACGAUACUCAAACAUGUACUUAAAUAUUCCACCAAAAGUUAUUUUACAUCAAAAACUUUUUUGUGAAUUAAAAUUCGAGUGUCGUUACUUUUGGGGUUCAUUAUUAUCAUUAUUGGAAAGUUGAGUGUUGAGAGGGUAGUUUAUGUAUGUUUAUAGCGUACUGUAGUAGCGCGGAAGGGUCGGGAAGGGGAGCAGAGGACCGAACCUGCGCUCUGCAUUACCAGCCCUUUUUGCCCUUUUAGUUUUAGGGCAGGUAUUAGUUUAGCAGAGCGGGGCACAAGUCAAUUGUUUUAAAGAUUUGAUGUUGCUGUUUUCUUUUUAAUUUUCACUCAGGGCAGCCAGAGGGCCAAGACCACAACUUAAUUAUAUUGAAAAUUUUCGAUAUCGCGAUUGAAAAAUUUUUUGUUUGUUUGUCAACCGCCUCAACUUCAUCACGUUUCUAAACUCAUUGUUUUUGACUAGUUUGUCAUCAUCAUCAAUAUUUUCGAAUUGACAAUUAAGAGAUCUUUCAAACUAUAUUACAUCACAAACGAAAUAAUCAGUUAUUUGUACACACUAUAUAAUAAUUAAAAUGAUUUAUUUGUCUCGUUAGUCCCGUUGUAAAUUAUACUAUACCAAAAUGUUCGAACGUAAAUCUUAAUUUUCAAUAUAUUUAAUAGUCUCGAGGGUCUGAGAAUGUUUACAAAUCAUAAUGGUGAUUACUGAAUGAGUACAAAUUCUGCUUCCCUAUCUCGUACCGACUUAUUAUUAUCAUUAUAAUUAUUAUUAAUAAUUAAAUCAGAGUUUAGCAAUGGAGCAAUAUCAUCAGAUGUAUAUUUAAUAUUUAAUUUUGUUUUUUCUUUGUUCUUUUAGAUUUUUCUUUCGAAUGUAUCCAAAUUUUUUGAUUGUUGUUCGUAUAUAAUCCAGUAGAAUCAAACUUCAAAUCCUGAUAAUUGCUACAAAAGUUAUAUACUUUUAAAGGCCUCAUUUUCAUCCCAAUAUGACGAUUCCAAGUUUUUUCUCUCGCCGGAGGUGUGCUAAAGUGGCAGUGGAAGUUUUCUUCAUAAUUCGUCUCCCAAACGGAUGUCGGAUUUAUCUGCAUUACUUUAACAUAACCUCAAAACACUUGUCACUUAAAUCCGACACUAUUAGUUAGUUAAUCCGUCUUUGCUUGGCUUGACUACGAGACGCAAUAUUUGAACCAGGACUACAAGGUGUGUUUAUGCAUAGUUUCUUGCUUUGAGACAUACCACACUACUAAAAAACUAAGCCCGUCUUUGGGGUCUACCUACAUGAUCAAAAGGCCGUCUCGAAAGGGUUAAAGGACUCCCAAUAACAUAAACAUGGUUUAUGGACUGGACUGAACUAUUUAUCUAUAGUUAUUAAAGCAGUUGAAGAUAUAAUUGAAGAUAUAAAAUUGUAAUACAUAGACCAAACGACGAGUUUUUAAUACGUUUUUCUGAGUUUUUCGCCUCAUAUAUGUAGCCCAGGUCUUUUGGCUCCUCAAUCUCUUCAUGUUCAAGGAAGACCAUAGUUUAAAGCCUGCUAACGAAACUAUCUGAUGUCCCAACCGUAUUUGUACUCGUAGGUACGUUCUUAAGCAAUGUUUGCAGAUUAAUUUUUCUCCAACAACUUCACCAACUUUUUCUUGUCAUGCUUUAAGACUGCAGAUGAUGUGUCCAUCCCCACUUAUGGCGUUCAAAAAUGUGGAAAACUUUGAUGUUUUGUAGUAAGAGAACCAUGUACUCGAUAUUAAGAGUCCUUUAAGAUAUAUUACUGUGAAAAUACCCUUUUUGGGUACAUUUCCCCUCCCCCUAGAGUUCCGACGAAGGGGAUACCUAGGAUAGUCAUGUUGGGCUAAACAUGAAGCCAUUAAAACAAUCAAACUUUUUGUAGCGAUUAUUUCGGAUUCGUCUAAUUUUUAUGUUUUAUGCUACUGGUGAAAUAAUAAGAGUUUUUGUCAAUAAAUAUACCAAUAAAACAAACAACACACGAAAUUAGUGAACUGAAUUAAAAAUUUACGUGCACUAACAAUAUAGUUAACUAAUUUCAGUUUUGGUUUGUUAAACUUUAUUUUUGGGUCGGUUUUCGUGACAGUCUCGUCGAUUCAUUGAUCUCUGACUUAUAUCUUUUCACAAUCUAAAGAUUCUACAUACGAUGUAGAUAAGAUUACUACAAAAGAUUGAGAAAAAAAUGUUUUUAUAUGGAAAAGAAAUCCAGUAGCUGAAGAGGAAUCAAAUUAGGGAAUGGAAAAGCAUAUUCUGUGUUCGAAAAAAGCCGCGAGAGGUUACUAGCUUGGUAUAAAAUCGAGUUUUAACUUUGAAUUCAACAUGUCGAGUAAAUAUGAUUCAAUUCCUUGAAGAAUAACUUAUUUUCAAAAGGUGGAGCUGCUAACCAAAACCGACAGUUUUCUUUUCUGUUUCUGUUUCGUAAAAUGCAAUUUUCUUAGGUUAGAUUUACCACAGAAAACGAAGAAGUUGGUUCGAUAGUAGUACUCAAAUCAAUCAACUGUUGGGACAAAUUACAGACGUUGCAGUUUGAUUGUCGUUGAACUAUUCGACUCCUUAAAGUCUUUGAUGGGAGUCCGACUCCCCAUAUAUGAAGUCCAGGUCUCGUCAAUAUCUUCAGGUUGGAGAUAGUUAGUGCAGGAAUUCCUCUUGCAGUGGGUAUAAAUCAACUAGCACUUAAUCACAGCCUUUCGACACCCACAACCACCUGCACAAGCCUUGCAUUUGCAAAAUUAUAGAAAAAAGUGACUAGAGAGCUGAUUCUCAAUUUUUUUUUUGGUUGAUAAAAAGUAAUUAGAUUUCUUCUUCUUAUAAGACUUUUGAUCAAGAUGUCUUUAAACGGAUCGUAAAUUUAUCGCGACUUUACAAAAACCGAUCUUUAUAAAUAUUUAUAUAGGACAUACAGCGCAAUGAAACUAUUUAACUGCUUCUUCUUUUUUAGCAUAAUUAUAACUGACCAUUGUACUUCAAACCAACAAAAUUCUUUUUCUGGAGCUUCUCUUAUACUAACUUUUACUUUUAAUUAUUGAUGGGACUUUUCAUUUUUCUUUUUCUACCAUAGUGUACCAUCUCACUUCCAUAGAACUGUUAGUUUUUCAGUUUUUCUUCACUAUAUCUUUAUCUUAAGUCUAUUAUUCCAUAAUUUUAUGAAUUAACUUAAUUAGAAUUUAAUACAAUCCUCAUAGGGAGACAUAGAUCGAAGUGAGAUUGUUCGAAGUAAUAUACUGAAUUUACAAUAAACGUGAGUGAAGCAGUCAAAUUUCAAGAUACUAGUUGAAAUAUGAAUCAUAUAAAAGCAAUAAUAAUAAUCAUAUAUCAAUAAAUUUGGAUUUUUAUUUUGAAAAAUUUUUUGGAGUAAGUUUGUGUACCAUAUGUCACUCAAAAAGCAAUAUGUGCCAUAUAAGGAUCAUAAUACCAAAUAAUAAUUAGAGUCUUGAUACACAAGUUUUUGUGUUUUCAAAUUUUUACAAUAUAAAUCAUUGUAUUGGGUCUUUCAUUAAGAACUUUUUAUCUUUGAAUGUAGCGACGCCAUUAAAUAUAUCUGCUGUAGCUUCUCUGGGUUACGAAUAUCCUAAACAAUCAAUUUUCCAUGACUAAGAUUGGUUUUUAGGGUCGCCUAUGUGGCUUAUCUUUAUAGUCAUCGACCCAUAUUGAUCCUCGACGACGGGCAUGGCUUUACAUCCCCUCUAAACAGUGAUCGUAUUGGACGCUCUGACAUAUAUAAGAUGAUUUUCUAAAACUUUUUCAACUGUCAAGAAACUAUUUAGCGAACAAACGUCAUUAUCAAUAGACGUUUAUAACGCCCGUCAUCAAAUAACGAAAAUAUUAUCACUUUGUGAAACCAUAAUCGACUAACAAACGUAAAUCAUCAUUAAUAAUUAAACAGAGUUGUACUUAAUACAACAAGCGAAUAUAAUUUCAGUAAAAUUAAAUACAAAUAAGAAUUUGUUGUUUCAAAGUUUUGUUUGUAAAUUAAAAACUAAUUUUUUGAUGAAAGUUACUCAUAGAGCUCAGAAACACCACUCCCUAUGUCGCUAUAUCCUAACCUCAAAGUUGUCACCAAUGACAAUGUUGUUUAUCUUUACUUUUAAAUGAUUCAAUGAACUCCAAUUCAGUUAUAGAUCAAUACGUGGGUUAAAAAACAGACACAAAAUCAGGUUUUCGAACCAGUUUGACGGCUGUAGCUACCACGAUCAUUGUUGACUGUCAAAGUUUCGAAAGUUCCUAUAGAAAGACCUUUAUGAACUACUAGAGUACCUAUUAAAAAGAAGGAGAAGAUUUGUUGAGAUGAAAGGAAACUUCCGUAUUGUUUGUUGAAGGUUCUAUUAGAAAUUUAUUGGCCUUCAAUGGACACAUUUAGAUUUGUAAAUUAUCUAUUUGUAUCUUUAGAUAGUCGGUAUUGUAGACACCAGUUACUUCUCGAUUUUUAAAUUGUAUAAAAAUGUUAUUUAUUUUACAUUUUAAUGUUGGAAAAUUGUUUUAUUUAAAAAAAAGUUGAAAUUAUACGUACAAAGUGAACCAUUUUUCAUUCACCUUCUAUUUAAACAAGGAAUUGAGUUGGUAUAUAAAAAAUGGCAUAUUUUGUAUUUUUUUUGAGGUUAAGUGGUGUCUAUUGAACCGCUUUGAAUAUGUGAAGAUGUUUUUAUAUGCGUGGAAAAUUUGAUAUCAAUAUAAUAUAUGACAUGAUCGAGCUUUUGACGGCUUUUACAUAAAUGUAAUACAAUGGGAUUACAAAUUUUUAAAACGUAAUAAAUAUAACCAUUGUCUAAAAAA